AUGUCUGGCUUCCAGGUGACCAUCGAGGUGGUUGAUGAUCCUCAGGCUGAGAUGGAGAUGGACUUGUUGAAGGAGACCAGCAAUGACUGGUCCCUGACAUCCUCUGAGUGGUUGUCCCACAAGGACCUCUUUUGGCCUCUCUUCUGGGAAUACACCGACCCUGCUGAGGAGGAGGAGGAAGAGGAGGAGGAGGAGGAGGAAGAGGAGGAGGACGACGACAACCUUGAUGGAGCAGACAAGGAAGAGGAGGAGGAGGAGGAGGAGGAAGAUUACACAGCAGAGUAUGAGGAGGAAGAGUCCAUGCUCAGCGGAGUGGGAGGUGACUGGAACCAGCAGUGGCCCAGUCAGAAGAACUGGAUCUUUAAGGAAAAAUAUAACUACGACUAUGAAGAUGAGGAGGAGUGGAGCCCGUGGUCCCCUUGCAGCAUCACCUGUGGCAGCGGCAACCAGAAGAGGACCCGGUCCUGUGGCUAUGCCUGCACCGCGACAGAGUCGAGGACCUGCGACCUGCCGCACUGCGAUGGAGCAGAGGGCGAAAUGGUCUUUCCCACGGAGGAGAUGCCUUUCAAAAGCGACAACACCACAGAGCUGUUCAACUCAGAGGUGGACAGCUGUGAGAAGUGGCUGAACUGCAAGAGCGACUUCCUCACCAAGUACCUAAGCAAGGUGCUGACGGACCUGCCCAGCUGCCCCUGCUCCUACCCACUGGAGGCUGUCUACAGCGCUGUCCAGGGCAAGAGCUUCCGAUGGCGGGAUGCCAGCGGCUCCAAAGAGCGCCUGGACAUCUACAAGCCGACUGCGCGCUUCUGCCUGCGCUCCAUGCUCUCCCUUGACAGCACCACGCUGGCUGCCCAGCACUGCUGCUACGACGAGCACACCCGCCUCAUCACCCGUGGCAAGGGGGCCGGCGUCCCCAACCUCAUCAGCACCGAGUUCUCCCCAGAGCUGCACUACAAGGUGGACAUGCUGCCAUGGAUUCUCUGCAAGGGAGACUGGAGCCGCUACCAUGCUGUCCGGCCCCCCAACAAUGGGCGACGGUGUGCUGACAACCCCGCCGAGGAGGAAUACCUCUCCCAGCUGCAGGAGGCCAAGGAGUACUAG